AUGGCCCAGCUCACCCACUCUCUGAUAGCGAUACGCAGACCUACAGGUCUCAAGCAGCACAGAUGGAUGGCAGGUGUGGGCUGUACGAGCGGCAUACGACAUCAUGGUAGCUGUGGCAAAUCUCACUCGCCAGUUCGGCAUUUUGAUCUCUGUGUGCUAUUCCCACGGCACAGAUUCGGAUCCAGCCGCUUCAACACCGUCUUUCUGCUGCUGUUCCGGUUGUUCUACCAUGCAUCGUCGUUCGAAGUCGCGAGUAUCGGGCAUCCUUCGAAGCUGUACCUGCCGGCGCCGGUGCCGCUGUUACAGGAGACCAUCAUCAGGGCGGGUGCAUCCGAAGGGGUGUCAAGUGAAGGGUCCAUGAUCGAGUCCGCCAACGAAGGUCUUCCCGGCAUUUUCAAGAACUUCAAACGCUUCUCCACGCGGGAAUGGCUGGCCACAAUGCUAGAGAAUCCCGACAAGUUCAAGAACCUCAAAGUCAACUCGAUCACAUGGAUCAAAGCCCUCGCCUCGCCGUUCUCUCAUGAGUUCACACAGUUCAUCGUCGAGGAUUGUGUAAGUGGUCAGAAGACAAGGGUUGCCGCUGGACGGGAAGAAACCGGCGAUUGGGUCCUGGUGGGCUGGGACUGGGCGUCUGGCGACACACCGUCCGACCACUACAAGCUGCCACUGCCACUUCUUUCAGUAACAUUCGACGAUCCGAGCAAGAAGCCCAGCCUAGGGACACUGGCUCAUGUGCUCGCUGCCACGACGGAGAAGAACCCGGCGUACAAGUUCAGGAGGGAGAUGUGCUGGUGGUACGCGGAAACUGUUCUCGAGGUCAUGCAUGAGCAGUUCGGAGGCAAGGUCAAGGAGUGGGAGUGGGCCAGAUAUCGGUACUCGUUUAUCGUCAAGACGAGUUUCAUCCGGAGAAAGGCGCUGACGAGGCACGCCGAGUUGUUUAGGAAGCAGCUGGCUGAAGAGAUGAGCUAUUGA